GAGGGGAGCUAUCAGGGGGCGCGGGCCGCGGGGCGUCAGGAGCGCACGCUGGGGGAGCCGAGCUGCACUGGAGCUCCGGCGGCGGGGCGCACGAGGCGGAGCCGGAGCGGGCACAGGAGCCGGAGCCGGAGCGGGCGCCGGAGCGGGAGCCGGCCGGCCCUCCCGGGGGGACGCGCGGACACCUGGGCCCCCGCGGGCCGCGCCAUGGAGCCCGAGUGAGGCGGCCGGGCCGGGCCGGGGCCGGGGCCGGACCAUGGAGACUCUGCUGGCGCUGCUGGCCAUCUGCAGCCACUUGGCUCCGGCGGGAGCCUCCCCGCUCCUGCUCUUCGCCAACCGCCGGGAUGUGAGGCUGGUGGAUGCUGGAGGAGCGAAGUUGGAAUCAAGCAUUGUGGUGAGCGGCCUAGAGGAUGCAGCUGCUGUGGAUUUCCAGUACUCCCAGGGCGUCAUUUACUGGACAGAUGUGAGCGAAGAAGCCAUCAAGCAAACGUACUUUAACCAGUCGGGGAGCGCGGUGCAGAAUGUCAUCAUCUCCGGCCUGGUGUCCCCUGAUGGCUUGGCAUGUGACUGGAUUGGGAAGAAGCUCUACUGGACGGACUCAGAGACCAAUCGAAUUGAGGUGGCCAAUCUUAAUGGAACCUCAAGAAAAGUCCUUUUCUGGCAAGAUCUGGACCAGCCGAGGGCCAUUGCCCUGGACCCUGCUCAUGGGUAUAUGUAUUGGACAGACUGGGGUGAAACCCCUCGGAUCGAACGUGCGGGGAUGGACAGCAGCACAAGGAAGAUCAUCGUCGAUUCUGACAUUUACUGGCCCAAUGGCCUCACGAUUGACCUUGAGGAGCAGAAGCUUUACUGGGCAGAUGCCAAGCUGAGUUUCAUCCACCGAGCCAAUUUGGAUGGCUCCUUCAGGCAAAAAGUGGUGGAAGGCAGCUUGACCCACCCCUUUGCCCUGACCCUCUCGGGGGACACCCUCUACUGGACCGACUGGCAGACUCGCUCCAUCCAUGCCUGCAAUAAGCGAACUGGAGAAAAGAGGCGAGAAAUCCUUGGCGCCCUUUACUCUCCCAUGGACAUCCAAGUGUUGAGCCAAGACAGGCAGCCCUAUUUCCACACGCCUUGUGAAGAGGACAAUGGCGGCUGCUCCCACCUGUGCCUGCUUUCUCCUCGAGAACCUUUCUAUGCCUGCGCCUGCCCCACAGGGGUGCAGCUAGAGGACAACAGCAAGACCUGUAAGGCAGGUGCUGAGGAGGUUCUGCUGCUCGCCCGGCGGACAGAUCUGCGCAGGAUCUCCCUGGACAUGCCGGACUUCACAGACAUCAUUCUGCAGAUUGACGACAUCAGGCACGCCAUCGCCAUUGACUAUGACCCCGUGGAGCGCUACGUCUACUGGACCGAUGAUGAAGUGAGGGCCAUCCGCCGGGCCUACCUGGAUGGUUCUGGGGCCCAGACCUUAGUGAACACAGAAAUCAACGACCCUGAUGGCAUUGCUGUGGACUGGGUGGCCAGAAAUCUCUACUGGACUGAUACAGGCACAGAUCGCAUUGAGGUGACUCGGCUCAAUGGGACCUCGAGGAAGAUUCUUAUCUCAGAGAAUCUGGACGAGCCUCGGGCCAUUGUUCUGAACCCAGUGAUGGGCUACAUGUAUUGGACAGAUUGGGGUGAAAGCCCCAAAAUUGAAUGUGCCCAUCUGGAUGGACAGUCCAGAAGAGUCUUGGUAAACACGUCGCUCGGGUGGCCCAAUGGCUUGGCACUAGACCUCCAGGAGGGAAAGCUUUAUUGGGGAGAUGCCAAGACAGAUAAAAUUGAGGUGAUCAACAUUGAUGGCACAAAGAGAAGGACCCUCCUAGAAGACAAGCUCCCCCAUAUAUUUGGCUUCACCCUGUUGGGGGACUACAUCUAUUGGACAGACUGGCAGAGGCGUAGCAUUGAGCGAGUCCACAAGGUCAAAGCAAAUCGUGACAUCAUCAUCGACCAGCUGCCGGACUUGAUGGGCCUAAAAGCUGUGAAUGUGGCCCAGGUCAUCGGCACCAACCCCUGUGCGGAGAAGAAUGGGGGCUGCAGCCACCUCUGCUUCUUCACUCCCCACGCCACCAAGUGCGGCUGCCCCAUCGGGCUGGAGCUGCUCAAUGACUUGCAGACCUGCAUCAUCCCUGAGGCCUUUCUGGUCUUCACCAGCCGAGCCGCCAUCCACAGGAUCUCCCUGGAGACCAACAACAAUGAUGUGGCAAUCCCCCUGACCGGCGUCAAGGAGGCCUCUGCCCUGGACUUUGACGUCUCCAACAAUCACAUCUACUGGACGGACGUCAGUCUGAAGACCAUCAGCCGGGCCUAUAUGAAUGGUAGUUCUGUGGAGCAUGUGAUCGAGUUUGGCCUGGAUUACCCCGAGGGAAUGGCCGUGGACUGGAUGGGGAGGAACCUCUACUGGGCAGACACAGGCACAAAUCGCAUCGAGGUGGCUCGCCUGGAUGGGCAGUACAGACAAGUUCUCGUGUGGAAGGAUCUCGACAACCCCAGGUCUUUAGCCCUGGAUCCUACCAAAGGGUAUCUCUAUUGGACAGAGUGGGGUGGCAAGCCUAGGAUUGUCCGGGCCUAUAUGGACGGAACCAACAGCAUCACUCUGGUGGACAAAGUGGGCCGGGCCAAUGACCUGACCAUUGACUAUGCAGACCAGAGGCUCUACUGGACUGACCUGGACACCAACAUGAUCGAGUCUUCAAACAUGCUGGGUCAGGAGAGGAUCAUCAUUGCAGAUGACCUCCCACACCCCUUUGGCUUGACACAGUAUAGCGACUACAUCUACUGGACCGACUGGAACCUCCACAGCAUCGAGAGAGCGGACAAGGUCAAUGGCAAGAACCGGACCCUGAUUCAGGGCCAUCUGGACUUUGUAAUGGACAUCCUGGUCUUCCACUCUUCCCGCCAGGAUGGUCUGAAUGACUGUGUGCAGAACAACGGACACUGUGGCCAGCUGUGCCUGGCCAUCCCCAACGGCUACAGAUGUGGAUGCGCAACCCAUUAUACGCUGGAUCCAAACCACAGGAACUGCAGCUCGCCCACAACCUUCUUGCUGUUUAGUCAGAAGUGUGCCAUCAGCCGGAUGAUACCAGAUGACCAGCAAAGCCCAGACGUAGUCCUCCCGCUACACGGCUUGCGGAAUGUCAAAGCCAUUGAUUACGACCCACUGGACAAGUUCAUUUACUGGGUAGAUGGGCGUCAGAACAUUAAGAGGGCCAAAGAUGACGGCACCCAGCCUUUCGUCGUGACUUCUGCAAACCAAGGCCAGGGUUCAGAAAAGCAGCCACAUGACCUGAGCAUCGAUAUUUACAGCCAUACCCUGUACUGGACCUGUGAGGCCACCAACACCAUCAAUGUGCACCGGCUGAGUGGGGAGGCCAUUGGUGUGGUGCUGCGUGGGGACCACGACAAGCCCAGAGCCAUCGCGGUGAACGCCGAGCGUGGGUACCUGUACUUUACCAACAUGCAGGACCGUGCUGCCAAGAUUGAGCGGGCAGCCCUAGAUGGCACUGAGCGGGAGGCGCUGUUCACCACGGGCCUCAUCCGGCCCCUGGCCCUGGUCGUGGACAACAAGCUGGGCAAGCUCUUUUGGGUAGACACCGACCUCAAACGCAUCGAGAGCUGUGAUUUGUCAGGAGCAAACCGAGUCACCCUGGAAGACUCCAACAUCGUGCAGCCAGUGGGCCUGACCGUGUUGGGUAACCACCUAUACUGGAUCGACCGUCAGCAGCAGAUGAUUGAGAGGGUGGAGAAGACCACUGGCUACAAGAGGACCCGCAUCCAGGGGCGCAUCUCGCACCUCAGUGGCAUCCAUGCCGUGGAAGAGGUCAACAUGGAGGAGUUUGCUGCUCAUCCAUGCUCCCGAGACAACGGGGGCUGCUCCCACAUCUGUAUCGCCAAAGGCGACGGGACACCGCGGUGCUCCUGCCCCGUCCACCUUGUCCUCUUGCAAAACCUCUUGACAUGUGGAGAGCCCCCGACGUGUUCCCCAGACCAGUUCACGUGUGCCACAGGGGAGAUCGACUGCAUCCCAAUGGCCUGGAGAUGCGACGGGUUCCCGGAGUGCGACGACCACAGUGAUGAGGCCAACUGCCCGGUGUGCUCCGCUGCCCAGUUCCAGUGCGAGAAGGGGCAGUGCAUCGACCUCCAGUGGCGCUGCAAUGGAGAGAUCGACUGCCAGGACAAGUCUGACGAAGCCGACUGUGAUGCCAUCUGCCUGCCCAACCAGUUCCGUUGUGCCAGUGGCCAGUGUAUCCUCAUCAAACAGCAAUGUGACUCCUUCCCAGACUGCAUGGACGGCUCUGAUGAGCUCUUGUGUGAGAUCACAAAGCCCCCUUCUGAUGACCCACCCUCUCACAGCAACGCCAUCGGCCCUGUCAUCGGGAUCAUCCUCUCCCUCUUUGUGAUGGGAGGGAUGUAUUUUGUUUGCCAGCGAGUGGUCUGCCAGCGAUACGCAGGGGCCAGUGGGCCCUUUCCACAUGAGUAUGUCAGCGGCACUCCUCACGUCCCCCUCAAUUUCAUAGCCCCCGGCAGUUCUCAGCACGGCACCUUUACAGGCAUCUCCUGUGGCAAAUCCAUGAUCAGCUCUAUGAGCCUCAUGGGGGGCAGCAGUGGCCUGCCCCUCUACGAUCGGAAUCACGUCACUGGGGCCUCGUCCAGCAGUUCAUCCAGCACUAAAGCCACUUUAUACCCACAGAUCCUGAACCCACCUCCUUCUCCCGCUACUGACCGCUCCUUGUACAACACGGAGAUGUUCUACUCUUCAAACAUUCCUUCGACCGCGAGAUCAUACAGACCGUACAUCAUCCGAGGGAUCGCGCCCCCCACAACCCCAUGCAGCACAGACGUAUGUGACAGUGACUGCACCACCAGCCGCUGGAAGGCCAGCAAAUACUAUAUGGAUCUGAACUCAGAUUCGGACCCCUACCCGCCCCCUCCCACACCCCACAGCCAGUACCUGUCAGCAGAAGAGAGCUGCCCACCAUCACCAGCCACCGAGCGGAGUUACUUCCAUCUCUUCCCGCCCCCGCCCUCACCCUGUACGGACUCCUCCUGACCUCGGCCCCAUCACCUGGGCCUGCUUCUCCCCCUCCCCCUGUAAAUAUUUUUAAAUAUGAACAAAGAAAAAAUAUAUUUUAUGAUUUUAAAAAAUAAAUAAAUAUGUUUGGGAUUUUAAAACACAAAAAAUGUGAAUAAUACCAGGGUGGGCAGGGCUGUGAAAACUUUGUACAGUGGAAAAAUAUUUAUAAAUUUAAUUUUUUAACUGAA